AUGUAUGGAGGGGGACCUUCGUCCUCUUCCUCAACAACAACAUCAACAUCUUCAAUUCGAUCUUCGAGGGAGAGACUUUUUCAUAUUCCAAAUAAGCCAAUGUUAUCGAUUGAUCCAUCAGCAAGAGCAUUAUCGCAUGUUUAUUUAUCGCCAAAUUUUUUGGAAUCUGGUAAGGAUUGAGGUUUUGGAGUAGAGGUUUGAAAUUUCAGCUUUGAAUCAGAAUUUUUCAUAGAAAAAAUGACCAAAGUGUUUAUUUUGAAAAAAAAAGUUGUUGUUUAAUUUUUUUUAUUAAUAAUAACUCGAUAUUCUAUAUAUUAUAAAAUUUCCUAAAAGCAGUCUCUGUUUAAAAAAUUGAAUUGAAAUGUUUCGAAAUUACUGAUUUUUCUGAAAUCACUGAUAAGAUUUUCAAAACGUUUCCGGUACAAAUUAGAUUUCAAAAUCAAUAGAAAAUAAAAACUUGAAAUUCACUUUUGUAAGUCAAUUAGGUCAAGUAAAAAAAGUUUUUGGGAAUUUGAGGGGGAUUUCUAAGCCUCACUAUUCCAAAAAAACAACUUUUGGUUAACCAUUUAUCAAAAAAUUUCCAACUUUCUCGAUAGGAAAUUCCAUCAAACCCGGUUUCCAAAAAAGAAGAAAACAUAUUUCAUCACCUGGAAAAUAUUUCCAGAUUUUGAUCACUGAUCAGAAAACCUAAUCACAUGAACAUCAAGAUUGAUCAGAAAACAAAACAAAUACCCGCGCAAAAACAUACAGUACUUCAAAGACUUUGAUUUUUUCAGCUUCAUCUUUCACAUCCGAGGACAAUAACUUCGCUUCACCAUCUUCUUCUUCAAAAAUUGAUGAUAAUAAUGAGGAUGUUUCUCGUCGAAUUCGAGAAGCAACACAAUCAUUUAAUCAAUUUGGAUCUGAAUUUUAUAACAAUUUUUUGGAUUUAUCAAAUUCACAAAGAUCGUAUGAACGGAUGAGAGUCAAUUCUUCAAGGAGAAAGUUGGACACGGUGAGUUACAAAAUUUAUGAAUUAUAAAAUGUUCCAUUAAAAAAAGGACAAGAAUUUAUAUUGUUCUCAAGUACGGUAUUACUCUAUGUCUCUAAUAUCUUGGCUUCAUCGAAAAUAAUUACAGUAACUGUGAAUUUUGGGUUUUUAUUGUACUUUUAGGGAAACUGUUUCAAAAAUCAUAUUUUUCAGAACCUGUCUUCUGAUUUCCUAAAGUACACUCUGAAAUUCCUCAAAUUCCUCUACCCUCUACAGUACUCUCUUUCUCUCUUUCUAUCUCUCUCUCCAUAAAAAAUCAAUAUUUCUAGGAGUUUCCUUUCUCUCUUUCUAUAUUCUUCCGCAGUUUUUAUCAUUAUUUUUUUAAUCAUCAGAUGUCUUUUUUCUUUUUCUUCUUCACAUCUAACCAAAAUUGACAACGCCCAAAAAUGUUCGCCGACGACCCGGUCGACCACACCCAACCAAAAACAUAGAGAGAGAAAUAGAAAUAGAAUGAUGAGGUGGAUUACUGUAGGAAAAGAGAUAUUGUGGUUAUUAAUAACAUAAAUUGAUUUGAAUCGAAUUAGUCUGGGUCAUAGUUCAGAUUUUAGCUGGGAAUAGGUAAAAGGAGAAAGUUAAAUGUGGAAGUUUCACAUGCAGAUCAAAAAAUUAAAGUUUGAAUUUUUCUGCCUAUCUAAUCCUUUAGGUAAUAUUUUGUUAUAAACAGAAACAAAAAAAUGAUCUAUGUAUAUCAAAAUUGCAAAUUAGAAAAUAAAUCCAUUUUGUUCAGUUUGGCCCUGAUGAUGCUUCCUCCUCCACAUCAUCUUCUUCAAUUUUCAAUCAUUCUGAUUCUCAUCAUCCAACAGCAUUUUCCCCGUAUACAGUGCGACAUCAGUCAACUCAAUCACUAUUUCAACCAACCACAACUUUGAGCUCACUUGACAGAAUCGAAAAAAUCAAGAAUGAUUUUUUUGCCGAGUCACAAAGUGAGUCAGAAAUUUGGGAAGUUUUGAAUCGGGAGCAUACAUUUUUUCAACAUGAAAAACUGGUUCAACUCAAAGUUUAUCAUAAAAAUGUUGAAAGUUUUAAAAUUAGACCUGAUUUUCAAAACUGAAAAGUCACCUUGGUUCCAUUGAAAAUUGGCCAAAUCUUCUACAAAUCAUUAUAUAAUCUUUUUCCAGAACCGUUCACUUCAUUCUCUGGUUUCAAUACUCCCACAACUGCCCUCGGUGCAGCUUUUCGAGAUUUGGAUGUGAAAAGUGCUUUCAUCCCUGUGACUCAAAGAACUCACACUUCUCACCUUAUUUCGAAUAUUCUGGAUUCAGAUUCACGAAAAUCAUCAGCAGGAACUGUUCGAAAUGUUCCAAUUCGAUUAAUUCAUUCUGCAUCAAAUUUCGAUAUCGCAUCUUCGAGUUCUAUCGAUUCUGGACAUCAACAAAAUUAUGAUGAAGAAGAAGAUGAUGAUGCAAUAAUUGUAGAAGAUGCUGAUAUGGAUAGUCCAACAUCAAGUCCAGUUAUUAAAAAACAAAUGAGAAAUGAUUUUCGACUAGAAUCAAUUGAUCCACUGACUGUUCGAGUUGAUUCAUCAAUAUCUUCCACUUCUGAUUUGCCAUCAUCAAUAUCUUCUUCUGCAGCUUCUUUCAUAUUUCAUCCAAAUAGUUGUUCACGAUUUGAUCCAAUUGAUGUUCAAAGACAAAUUGAUGAAUUAACAGCUGCAAGUUGUUUGGCUGUUCAACCAGAUAUAAAUGGAAAAGUAGAUCCAUCUAAAAUAAGAGAUCAAUUAAGUGCGGUGAGAGCGAAAAUGGAAGGAGUUCAAAGUUUGAUAGAAGAAGCGAGGAAUGAACAUUCAAGAAUGACUUUAGAACCACCUGAUGAUUCUAUUCUUAAUUGUGAACCUUCUCCGAGUUCUUCAACAACCGAAUCGGAAUCUUCGAAAGAUAAGAGAUUACAUCAAUGUACACAUCCAGGAUGUGAGAAGAUUUAUACAAAAAGUAGUCAUUUGAAAGCUCAUUUUAGAACUCAUACAGGUUAGUUGAGAGAAGCCUAUUCAGGUUUUGAAAAAUUCGUGCUUUGGCGCGAAAUUAAAAUUUCUUUCAACGAAAACUGUUUUUUUUUCUAGGCGAAAAACCAUAUGAAUGUGAUUGGCCAACUUGUGGUUGGCGAUUUGCCAGAUCUGAUGAAUUGACACGUCAUUAUCGAAAACAUACCGGUGAUCGGCCAUUCAAAUGUGCUCAAUGUUCACGGACUUUUGCUCGCAGUGAUCAUUUAUCACUUCAUUUGAAACGACACUUCUAA